CUAACGAUUUUAUCAGUCUCGCAACAGUAUGAAAGUGCACAGAAUAGUAUUCGUUCUUUUCGUCUCAACCGCGUUUGCCGGAGCAGAUCCAGACAUCUACGAAGACAACCUAACUCGCGAUGAGUUCAUCGCCGCUAUCAAUUCCCGGGCCAAAACGUGGAAAGCCGGCAUCAACCAGGGACCGGAACCCGUAUACAUGACCACCGCGGGCAGUGCCAGCGAAGCCGAACUACGGAUGCUGGAUCCAGAUCCAAUGUUGAGCCGGCCCAGAACCGAUGAUCUGCCGGAGACGUUCGACGCACGGGACCAUUGGCCGGAGUGCCCUUCGUUGAGAGAAGUUCGCAACCAGGGCUGUUGUGCGUCGUGCUACGCAGUGUCCGUUGCAGCAGCCAUGACCGACCGAUGGUGUAUACAAUCCAAUGGAACCCAGCAGCAUACUUUCAGCUCGCAAGAUGUCGCCUCUUGUUGCGUGGGAUGCGGAGACUGUACCGGAGGAUAUCCGCACCGAGUGUGGUGGCACUGGAGAAGCCAUGGAGUCGUUAGUGGAGGAGAGUUUGACUCCGGGGAAGGUUGUCGACCAUAUGAGGUUGACGCAUGCGUGUAUGGGGAGCCAGAACCAGAGGAGCUGGAAUGUGUGCAGCAGUGUCGGAUAGGUCAUCCGGUUGGGUAUGAAGCAGAUAAGCGAUACGCUGUGAGGUCCUUUCAUGUGCUGCCCGAAGAGGAGAUGAUAAUGUGGAACAUUUAUCUGGGUGGUCCGGUUUCUGCGACUUUCCAGAUCUAUAGUGAUUUCAGCAGUUACCGUUCUGGAGUUUAUAGACAUACAAGCGGGCGGCAUCGUGGACUGCAUAUUGUUAAGUUACUCGGUUGGGGGAUCGAAAACGGCACCAAAUACUGGCUUUUAGCAAACACUUGGGGAUCAGACUGGGGUGAUGGAGGGUUUGUGAAGUUUUUGCGAGGUGAAAACCAUUUAGGUAUUGAAUCGGAAGUUUUUGGUGGUAAUCCACGGUAUGACUGAGCAAUAAGCAAUAAAUCGGAAUAGUUUCUACAUUUAAAUGUAAAUAAAAAUAUGUGUAAUGUACUAAUAUUAUUGAACAAACAAAUAUAAUAGUCGAGUAAAUUGUGUUGUAUUCUGAUUUUACAAUUGGAUUUUAUUAACUACACUAAAUUGAAACUAUGCUAAUAUAUCGUUCGUUUAUUUCAUUACAGGUAUGCACUGUUCAACCUACUUAGUAACCAUUACUUUGGAAAUAUAAUGUAUGUAUGUUUGACUAACAUAUUCCUCCUACUCGUUUUACUGAAGAAUUAGCUUCUCGGAAUCUAGACAUGAUCGGUUCUAGUACGAUUUCCCGUUAGCGAGGGCUGUGUACAUUUUUUUGGUUCAGUGGAAGGAAUGUUUAAGAAUGCGAAUAGAGUCAUAGAUUAAGGAAAAGCUGCCGUUUAGGAAUUUGAUCCAUUUAAAAUAGGGCAAAUCCGAAGAUAUAUGUAGUACCGUAAUCCGGGGG